AUAUAUCCGGUGAAGAUCCGAUUAGUGUGAUCUGUAUCAGCUAGGUUACAUGCAACAUCUAAACAUCAUGAUAGUAACCUGCGGAAACUCCCUGCUUGUCAGCGAGGGUCUGGAGUGUCUUUACAACAAGAUAUGAACUAUAUUACGAGGGAUGAGAAAGCACAUCACAAAAAGGCUUGUCGAUGGUGUAACGGAAGAACAUUGUGUGCUAUAAUAGGUUUCAUCAAUGGUAAAGUGGCGAAGAAAUCUGACAUACUCUUUCAUCUGUACGAACUGUACAAAUGUCAUUGUCCCCAAAAUGCCCGAGCCUGGAGAUCUGAUUGAGAUAUUCCGGGGGACAUAUCAGCACUGGGCUUUGUAUCUUGGAGAAGGUGACAUCAUCCACCUGUGUCCUCCUACUGAGGCUGCCGACGCUGGCGUCCGGAGCCUGAUGUCUGUGCUGUGUGACCGGGCCGUGGUGACCAGGGAAGGCCUGGUGGAGGUGGUGGGCAGGAGCAGGUUCCAUGUCAACAACCAGCUGGACAGUAAACACAAGCCCCGCAAAGUGUGUGCUAUCCUGAGGGAUGCUCGCAGCCUGCUGGGUCUGGAGAUGCCCUACUGCAUCCUGAGAGGGAACUGCGAACACUUUGUCACUCAGCUGAGAUACGGGCAGGCGGAGUCCAGACAGAUUCAUUAUGCUGUUGGUGUCGGUGUUGGGACUGUGGCUGUUGGUAUGAAGGCACUAACUGCAGCUUCAAACUUAUCUUGCAUCAGAACAAUAGAACAAUAGAGAAACCUACUAGCGUUCUAACAGAGGGGGUCAGAAGAUUGUU